AUGUUUGAAAAAGUUAAUGCACUUGCGCUACUAGAGAGGGUCGGAACACACUCGCACAUACUGGGACUUGGAAUAUCCGGAGAAAGAGAGGAAAACGCGUCCUCUCCGGGGUUUGAGGAAAACUGCCCAAGGAAACUGGACUUUGAGCACUCUGGGCUGGUGGGGAGGCAGCAAGAGAGAAGAACCCUUUUUCUGAUAUCUAAGCUUGUGGAGCAGCACAAGGGAAGGGCCAUUUUGAUAACAGGCCCGUCUGGGUCGGGAAAGUCCGCCUUGGAGCAUGCCUUUAUGAUGGACCUUCGAAAGAAAAACAUCCCGUGCAAGGCCAUUUCUGCAAGCGAAAUUGUUUCUUCGUCCAUGGGAAAGGCCGAGGCGCUCAUGCAGGCCAUUCGGGAAACUCUUGGAAUCUGCGUGCAGGAAACAUACCGGGUUCUCGAGGGAGAAGUUGUAGAGAUCCAGACAGACAGGGAAAGGGCUUCUUCGGGGAGAGUUAUUCUGAAAACAACCGAAAUGGAGGCUGCGUACACUUUUGGCGUGGGGAUAAUGCAGUCCAUGCACGCCGAAAGGAUUGAGCCCGGGGACAUUAUCACAGUCAACAAAACCACAGGGUCUGUGAAGAAAAAGGGAAAGUCGCUCGGCCAGGCAAGAGACUACGAGGCAAUUGGCCCAAUGGGCCAGUACAUCCCAUGCCCGGACGGCGAGGUCCUAAGGACCCAGAUGGAAACCCACACGGUGACGUUCCAUGACAUCGAUGUGCUGAACAGCAAGCAGAGCGCGCUGAGAGAGAGCACUGGGGAAAUACCUGUUGAAGUACGAGAGUCUGUGAACACCACCAUGAAGGACUGGGUCGAAGAGGGAAGAGGCACCCUGGUCACCGGCGCUCUUUUCAUAAACGAGGCCGAGCUGCUGGAUUCUGAGUGCUACGCCUUCCUAAACACCCUGUCAGAGAUAUCCGUGUCCCCGGUGGUUGUGCUGAGCAGCGACGGGGAUGCCUGGGCCAGCAAAAACGGCAAAGGCGCAGAAAAGUACGGAAUUUCCGCAGACUUCUAUUCCAGAGUUCUUGAGAUACGCCUGGGCGAGUACAGCAAGGACGAAAUAAAAAGAAUCAUAGAAAUCCGGGUGAACGAAGAAUGUGACAAAAUGAAAAAAGACGGGGUGGCUGCGCUGACGGAGCUCGCUGUAGAGCAUGGGCUUCGGUAUGCCUUUAACCUUUUGUCUGCCCUCGAUGUAUAUUCGGCAAGAGUUGGAAAAGACGUGGGCUCUGAGGAGGUUAAAGAGGUGUCUGAAAUAUUCCCUGCCUACACCAACCCGAAAAAGUAG